CCAACCAGAGCGCACUAUAAAAUAGUGUCCAUACUGUCCAUGAGCUUUUACACAACGCGCAUAUAGCACAGAAUCCGUAUAGUAUAGAAUGUUGAAACAAACAGCGUGUAUUUAACUGUCCUAUUUAUUUGUGAGAUUAGAUCCAUGCCAUUCGAUCGUUCUUGCCACGGAGAUAGGAUAUGUUAUAAAUAUUAAUAUGAGGAUGCUCUCUCCUCCCCCUGCACCCCGCUCACGCGCAUUCUCUGCAUCACAUGAGUUUUUGACUUUUCACGCAAAACAAGAUCUUCAUAAAGUACAUGUACAAGUUGAAAUUCGUGCGCUUUUUGCAUAGUUUUGUGUCUACAGGAACAUGUAACCGUUACUUGAAUCAGACAAACGCAUCCAUUUGUUGAAAUCUAACCUAAAAUCAUGUCUGAUUACGGAAAAUAUCGUAAUUAAUAAUUCUCAUUAUGUUAUGCUCUCUACAAUGAAAAAAAUUAAACUAAAAUUGAGUGUAUUUAUGCAAAAUUAAAAAAUGGGUCGUAGAUGUUAUCUUUGUAAUAAAUGCAAUAAAAGCACGGAAAUUGCUUUGCAUCGAUUUCCACAAAACACUCCUAAAUAUACACACGUUUAUCAACGUUGGCUUCAAGCUUGUGGAUUAAAUGAAAGGGAUGAUGUAUCACAUAUAUAUAUUUGUACAAAUCAUUUUACUCCUGAGGAUUUUCAUAUAAAGAAUAAACGGAUAAGGUUAAAUUCUGGAGCAAUUCCUUCAAUAACUGUUCCGAAUCCAACAAUCAAAGAAACAAAUAACAUUACUGACAAUAGAAUGAUAAUACAGUCAACAUCUGAUAAUAACAAUACUGCAGAUUUUGAGAAAAAACAACUUGGUACUCCGCAAAAGCCGCGUCGAUUUGCAGAACUGCGGUACAUUUCUAAAAUCAAACUGGCUGAUGUCGCAACUCCUCGGAAAGCUAAAAAAACAUUAUUGUUUGUGAAAUUUACUGACAAAAAAAAAUCAAAAAAGAUUAAACUUUUACAAGACGCGAAUAAAAAGUUAAAACAACGAAUUAUUUCUAUGCGGCUGAUAAUGUCACAGCUUCUGCAAAAGGGACUGAUUCUGAAAGAUGCUGAAGACAUUUUAUUGGUACAGUAGAUGAAAAUGUCUCAUUUGACUACAUUGUAAUUGAUUUCACCAAUUCAAAUAGUAUUUUAUUUUAAAUUAGUCAAUUGGUGAGGUAGACAAUCAGAAUCCAUUUAUAAAAUUUGAAACUUACUACAUGAGUGGCGUCCAAUUGCCUAUAUUACUAAUUGGCUAAUUUAAAAUAAAAUAUUUUAAUUAGUAAACUCAAUAAAAAAUCCCUAAGCAUUGAUCGCUGUGAAUGGCUGUAGUUAAGGUAUUUUUAAAUUAAUUAAUGGUUUAAAUAGCAAAUUUAUUGAUUCUUGUUUUACAAAAAUUACAUGACAGUAAUUGCAAAGUUUAUUCAAUAACGGAGCUUCUUCAAAUAUUUAUAUAUGUGCAUCGAGGUGCUACUUUUCAGUAUAGAUCUAAAAUUCAAGUCUUAAUUUAACAAUACAAUAACAAAAGAUGUUUCAUUUUUUUAUUUCUACUAUAUAAUAAGAUUAGUAAAAAAACACUAGGAAAUAAAUAUUAAAAACUCGUGAUGGAAUAUUAUUUCAUGAGAUCAUAUUAAGAAAUUGUACGAAUUCCAAAAUAAAGAGGGUCUAAGCUGCAAAUAAAUUGAUCAAUAAACAUACAGUACAAAAAUAAUAGAAUAAAC